AUGACGUCUCCGGACUCAAAGCCAUACAUUAUACAAUGGCUGCUCGACACGAGGUUAUUGUGGCCCGUCCACCGCAAAGAUAAGCCGAGAGAGGAGGUCGCAGAACUGAGGACAGCUGCAUCUCGGGCUCUGGCAAUCCUCUCUGAAUCGGAGCAAGAAUCGGUCCUGAAAUAUUAUCAUGUCAAAGAUGCGAAAAUGAGCUUGGCCUCCCACCUUCUAAAGCACCUUGUUAUUGCGAAAUAUUGUAAUGUACCUUGGUCGAAGAGUACAAUUUCUCGAGAGUCAAACGGAAAGCCUUGUUAUCACUCAACCGCAGAUCAACCUCGACUUGAAUUCAAUGUAAGUCAUCAGGCUGGACUUGUUACAUUAAUUGCUGUGAUCGGAGGUGAUGGAACAGUAAAUGUGGGAACGGACAUCGUGUGUGCCAACGAACGAUUGCCGAAUGAUUAUAAAUAUAUAGAAAAGAGCGGGUUUUUUGAUUGGGUCGACAUGCACGGAGAAGUGUUCGCAGAUUCAGAGAUCAACUUUAUGAAGCUUUCUCCGCUUGGACUCGACAAAGUUGUGCCCGGCAAGAAGCUUCAUGGAUAUGGUAACGAUGCGCUUUCGAGAUGCCAGUGGAGAAAUAGGCAACUGGAUCUUGUCGUCGAGGACACUGAAGGAAAUGCCGCACAAUCAAGAAUUGAUAGUAAUAAGGUCAUUGAUGCGAAGCUUAGGCGGUUCUAUGCCAUGUGGUGUUUACGAGAAAGCUAUGUCAAGAUGACAGGAGAGGCUUUGCUUGCACCGUGGCUUAAGGACUUAGAGAUUCGCGACGUUCAAACUCCAAUCGCGCCCGAGGUUGAUGAUCUAAAUUCCUUGGAGAGAGGACAGAUAACUAAGAAUUAUCGUAUCAUAUUCAAGGGCCGCGAAGUUACUAACGUACACAUGGAAUUAGCUGCGCUAGGUCAGCAUUAUAUGGUGGGUGGUGCUGUAAGGGUGAGGGAGAACGAUACAAAGCUGGAAUUGGGCCCGUGGAAAGAGCUCAAUCUUGACACUGAUAUUUUGGAGGUUGCGGAGGCCAAAUCCUAG